AUGUCUGCCUCUCUUUCGUCGUCCACCAGCAUUCCAUCACCACAGGCAUCCUUUGACACCUCGCCGUCGCCUGGCGGAUCGUCGCUCAGCACCGGAGCGUUGUAUGCCAUCAUUGGCGCUGCUGUCGUCGCCAUCGUCGCCCUCGUUAUCCUCCUUCCCCGUUUCCUGGCCCGCCAGUCGCUGCAGCGCAAACGGCUGGCCAGCAUUCUGUCUCUGAUCCCCCGCAACAUUGCUUCCUCUGCCGGCAGCCAUGACAUCCGUGCCUCUUCGACCAGCGUCCAAGAUACCCGGGCGUCGUCGGCCAGCAACCCUGGCGCUCGAGUCUCCAACCACGGCGCCGUGCAGAUUCCCAUCCAGAGCCCUGUUCCCUCAUCGACAUAUCCCGUCUCAUCGCGGUCAUCCACUCCCCAGCCAAAGUCGAUCGAUCAUGCCCGGACAAAGUCUGACGGCGUCUCGGUCACCAUGUACACCACCACCCCCGAAAUUCCGCAGAGCUCGCUGCCAGGCUUCAUGAGCCCGCGCGCUGCCUCGAGCCGCAUCGAUCUGGAGAUGGGCUCGGCCAACCCGAGCCCGAACUCGUCGCCUAUCAUCCGGCCGCAAAAGUCCGUUGCCUCCAUCCCUGGUCCCGGAUUCUCUGUUCUGGACCCGGAGCUGAUUGCCAAGGGCCAGGCGGCCUUCCGCAACGGCAAGCAGUCAAAGUCCUCUCCGUCGCAGCAAUUCUCGGUGCCCAAGAUGUAA